AUGUUCCAUGGCGCGUUACUUUUCAACAGGCGCGUCGUUGGAUGGGCCACUGCUCAUCCCAUGACUUCUCAGCGCUACAAGUACACAUUGGGUUUCAUCCGGUCGGGUGAUCACAUUCUCUUUCUCAACCGUCAGAAGGCUCCCUGGAUGGGUAGAUGGAAUGGUGUGGGCGGAAAGCUAGAUACCAAUGAGUCACCUUACGAGUGUAUCGUGCGGGAAACCUUCGAGGAGACUGGCCUUCACCUCCCUCAGUACAAGGACAGAGGCGUUAUGAGAUGGUUUCGAAACGGCGAAGAUCUUGGGGGUGUGCACAUCUUCACCGCAGAAAUCCUGGAGGCAGAAAAAGACGCUUAUAAAACUCCCAAACUGUUCUGCCACGAGGGAAUAUUGGACUGGAAAUUGCUUGACUGGCUCUUGCAUCCAGAGAACACAGGCGUGGUAGACAACGUUAAGAUUAUGCUCCAACAUCUUUUCGAAGCAGGUCCAGAGUCGGUGUGGAUUUCCACUUACGAUAACUCUGUUUUGGAAAGCUGCACAUACACCGCAAACUACGUGGAGUAA